CCUGUGAAUAUUGAGUUUAUCUUAGAAUUUUCUCUUUAACUUUCACAAGUAUAGCAGUUUUUUCGACAUUGAUUCAACAGUAUUUCGACAUGUAACAACAUUCGAACAUAACGGAUCGAAAAUCAAAACCAAAACAGCUCGUAUCGCGGUUUCCAGAGAUUGACAGUUGAUAUUGAUGAAAUUCAACCUGGGAAAGAACCUUUACCGCUUGUAAGAUGCGUUGGAAGAAAGAAACAUGGAACACUAUAUCCCUUGAUUUUUCUAAGGCCAAGACUUUCGUAAAAUAAAAGGAAAUGUUUGAUAAGCUUUUGCUAACCCCGAAACUCUGUUUAUUUAUACCCGAGAACAAAAAUAAAAAGCGAAAUUUAGACCUUGUUUACAUGGCGUUUUCCGAGAAUUUUGCUCGUGACUUCCGGGAAUCUCCCGUUUUCUGCUGGUUCAUGAAUUUAUUAUGCAGAGAUGAUAUAAAUACAAAGCCCGAUGAAGCGAAGAGUCAUUCGCUCAAGCCGGAAUUUCGCGUUCAAUUUUAAUACUUUUCGACCAAGAAACAACAAUGAGACCAUACGCAAGGUCUGACGAGAAAAAGAUCUUGAAUGAACGGCUGAAAGACUUUAUGGAGGAAGUCAUUCCAGUUGAUUUGCUCCCAUAUUUGACUUGUCUACAGCAGACGGAUAAAGAGGACAUUGAGGCUACACAGAACAACAAGGGACCAACAACGGCGAAUCAAACUCUUGUUGAUCGGCUGAAAAGACGGGACAAAGGCUUUUCGCACUUUGUACGAGCCCUGAGGCAAACUGGAAACGAACAGACAGCUUUGUUGGUUGAUCCUUACUACCUUUACCCAAUUGACGAAGGGGAUGAUGAGGUAGCUGUUCCAGAUGGCUCGGGGAUCGGUUAUAAAAGGAUUGGAACAGCAAUUGGGAGAAAAUGCGUAGCACCUUGUCAAGCAAGCCAGAAGACAGUGCUACUGAUGAUGAUGAUGGAUCUGUACCUGAGGUAGAGGAAGAAAUCGAAAUCCCACCCGUGUAUCUGGGAACCAAGGCCAACCCAUUUAACGUAUGUGAGUUGGAGCUCAGAGAAUACCAGAAGGAGUUGGCAGCUCCAGCGCUGGAAGGCAAGAACACCAUAAUCUGUGCCCCAACAAAUAGCGGAAAGACGUACGUGGCGAUAGAAAUAGCUAAGAACCAUCUUGAGUUAUUCAAAGCAGAGGCACCUACAGAGAGCAGUCGUAGAAAACGCCCAAAAGUCGUCUUUAUUGUGAGCACUGUGAACCUUGUUUCUCAGCAAAAGGAGCGGUUUGAAUUGUACCUGAGAGACAAGUAUUCAGUGGCUGAUAUUUCUGGGGCAAACACAAUGGAGAUCCCACUUAAGUAUCUUCUACAAAGCCAUGACAUCAUUGUUUUGACUGCCCAAAUACUUGUUAAUGCUCUUAACAGUAAAACUAAAGAGGAGCAAGUGAAUUUGGAAGAUAUCAGUCUUUUGCUAUUUGACGAGUGCCACCAUGCACACAAGGAGCAUUCCUACAACCGUAUCAUGGAAACGUAUCUUGCCUUGAAAAAGCAGCCUCGAAAGCAAGGACCUUUGCCACAAGUAACUAAAACUUCAUAUUGUUUUUCGUGGCGUCAUCAGAACUCUAAGUCACUUCAUAAUGUUGCAGAAAUUGGGAUAAGCACCGUCAAUAAAGGGCUAAGUUUGCUUCUAACUUUUUCUUUUCAUUCCUUAGCACCUACAGAGAGCAGUCGUAGAAAACGCCCAAAAGUCGUCUUUAUUGUGAGCACUGUGAACCUUGUUUCUCAGCAAAAGGAGCGGUUUGAAUUGUACCUGAGAGACAAGUAUUCAGUGGCUGAUAUUUCUGGGGCAAACACAAUGGAGAUCCCACUUAAGUAUCUUCUACAAAGCCAUGACAUCAUUGUUUUGACUGCCCAAAUACUUGUUAAUGCUCUUAACAGUAAAACUAAAGAGGAGCAAGUGAAUUUGGAAGAUAUCAGUCUUUUGCUAUUUGACGAGUGCCACCAUGCACACAAGGAGCAUUCCUACAACCGUAUCAUGGAAACGUAUCUUGCCUUGAAAAAGCAGCCUCGAAAGCAAGGACCUUUGCCACAAGUUGUUGGUUUUACUGCAUCGCUUGGUACAGGAAAAGCUAAAAGCGUUCAGAAGGCUGAAGAACACAUUCUUCUUGUUUCUGCUAACUUAGAUGCAGAAGUUAUUUCAACUGUGAGGAAAAAUCAAUCCGAACUAAAAAAGUUCGCAAAAGUUCCUGAGCGAAAUGUUCAUCAAGUUUCAACGACUGGAAAGGAUCCAUUUGAAAAGAUUAUUUCCCAGGUUAUGAAGAGAAUCGAGGCCAAAGUGAAAGGAAGAAAAGGAGAGGAAUCCACUUCUGUUCCUCAGGAUGAUAAUAAGGCAUGUCAGCAGUAUCGUCAGUGGGUCGAGGAGCUCUCCAAAAGUGCUGUGGCAGAUGCGGACCGCUACCUCAUAACAUUCGCAGAACAUCUCCGAGAGUAUCACAUCGCCUUGACAAUCAACAAAAGCACCACUCUGAAAAAUGCUAAGAAACGCCUUGAGAAAUAUUUCAAAUCCUUGGAUAGGGAAAAAUUCCUACCCAUUGACAAAACUUUGGAACGUCUGUUUCAGUGCGCAAUGGAGUUGUUGGAUAAGAAUGUAGAAGAGCAUGGUGAGCCCGAGAAUCCAUUUUUAAUGAAACUAAAAGAAUUGCUCCUACAGCACUACAAAGAGGUAACGCCCCAGAAACGCGAGAAAGUAGACCACUCCAGUAAUGGAAAGGCUGACUCGGAGAAUGACACAGCGAAAAAGUGCAAUGAUGGAUGCAUGGAAGGUGAGAGUUUGGAGGCAGGAGCUAGCAGCCGUGAUUCUGAGAAGAGAAGGGAAGAAGAUGCUAAAAGUGGAAAGGAAGAUAAGGCAAAUGGUGGCAAUCCUGAAGAACAUGCAAAAGUAGUAACAGCACAAGAGUACUCAACUCACGACAGGGAAGAAAGGGGUGAAAACGGGAAUGGAAAUGAAGAAUCCGCAAAGGAAGGACUUGUUGCAUGGAUUCAACCGAUUUCUUAUUUUCUUAAAGAACUUGGGUCUAGCAUGGUCAAGGUCUCCUCUUGUUUUAGCUACAAGUUUUUUUUUCCUUAUUUUUCUUCUUUUACCAGGGCGGAUGAGGGUAUGUAUAGCGUGCUCGUCAGUGAAGAUUCUGGAGCUUUGAAAAGGGAAAACACAAACCGUUUCCGAGAAACCCUCAUGGUUGAAGCCCUUAGUAAAGUUCAAAACAUUUCCACAAAUGACUUUCAGAGGAAAGUGAAAGCUAUACAGGAUAAGAACUUUCGGGAUCGCAAGCUAAAGAAGGGUGUAAUGGCUUCGAAAAAGUCAAAGCCUGUUCCCGAUGAUGUCACCCUCCACUGCCGGAAGUGCAAUGCAGCGGUUUGUCAGGCACAUGAUAUCCGACGCGUAAGAGAAACCUACUACGUGAUCAUCAGCAGUGACGUCCGGGAAUCCAAGGUGGUCCUGAAGAACUAUCCAAGCCCCAAGAAAAUUGAUGAUGUCGAGUUUAACAAGAAAAUCUAUUGCAAAAAAUGUGGUCAAGACUGGGGCGUAAGCGUUCGUAUCAAUGAGGUGGAGUGGUUGUGCAUCAAGAUUGCUAGCUUCGUUGUUCAGUUCCCUGGGCCAAAUCCCCAGCGAAUAAUGAAAAAGAAGUGGAAAGAUCUCCCUUUCAGCGUCGAAGAGGCAACCUUUGAAGAGCUCUGGCAACAAGCCGAACAUGAGGAACAAGAUUGUAUCGAAGAUGAUCUCAGUGAUUUGCUUGAUUGACUUUGUCGCACUUUGCAGUGCAUUGCUGAUUGUUAACUGUCUAGGUGUCAGUUACUUCUCACAAAUUUUGAAUUUGCUGUUUAGUUGAUGUGGUACGUUACCAUAGGAUAG